UGUUAACUAUUAAUCCCAAGAUAAUUAUAAAUAAAAUUAAUUGCACACAGUGAGUUCUUAAACAAAGUUUCACAAUAUAUUGCUUAGGUUAUUUUGUUAUCUUUAUUUUUGCACCCUAAAUUAAAUGUUUUAGCGAUCAAUCAGUUGGAACACGAUUUCGUAAUGUGGAGUUUGGCGCAUAUUUGUCGUUGCUCUCAGUCAGUGCGAGUCGCACAUAGCAAAGUACUACUAAACAAUGCUGGAACGCGGUUGAUUAGCAGAGAGCUGACCACUCCAACUCGCUUCAAUUUAGUAAGCUUAAGGAAUACAAAGACUUUUAGGAUAAGUGAAGUGAUCAAGUCAAAUGGCAUCAUAGCUCGGUUCUGUGCAAGUGGUCCGAAGCAGAAGCCAUCAAAGGCUGUUGGGUACUGGCUGCUGGGAUGCAGUGGGAUGGUGUUUACUGCGGUAGUGUUAGGUGGUGUGACACGUCUGACAGAGUCGGGACUGUCAAUGGUGACAUGGAGGCUGCUGGGGGAGUCGCUGCCCACCACAGAGGAGCAGUGGCAGCAGGAGUUUGAGAAGUACAAACAGUUCCCAGAGUAUAAAUACAAAAACCAGAGUAUGACGCUGUCAGAGUUCAAGUGGAUCUGGUGGAUGGAGUACCUGCACCGCAGCUGGGGGCGCUGUAUCGGCGCCGCGGUCUUCCUCCCCGCCGCCUUCUUCUGGCGCAAAGGAUUCCUCGACAAACACAUGAAGAGACGUGUCUCCGUCUACUGUGCACUCGUCGCUGUUCAGGGUCUGAUGGGCUGGUACAUGGUGAAGUCAGGUCUGGAGGACCGCUUCCAGGGUCCCUCUGACGUGCCCCGCGUCUCCCAGUACCGGCUGGCGGCCCAUCUGGGCCUCGCCUUCGUCCUGUACUUGGGUCUGCUCUCAGGAGCCCUGCGGGUGCUUCGCCCCUUCCCCGUCGCAGCCACAUUGCACAAGAUGAAAGAUUUGAGGAGUGUGACAGCGCUGGCACACACUGUUAAAGCUAUGGCUUUCUUUACUGCAAUAUCGGGCGCGUUCGUGGCCGGACUGGACGCGGGUCUGGUGUACAACUCGUUCCCGAAGAUGGGCGAGCGCUGGUUGCCGGAGGACAUCCUGGCGCUGACUCCGACGAGGCGCAACUUCACCGAGAACCCCACCACUGUGCAGUUCGACCACCGCGUGCUCGGCACCGCCACCCUCGCCGCCGCCACCACCCUCGCCCUCCUCGCGCGCCGCCGCACCCUCUCGCCCCCCGCCACUACCCUCGCGUAUGCUGUCGGAGCCAUGGCCUGGGCACAGGUGUGCCUGGGCAUAGCGACGCUGGUGACGUACGUGCCGACUCCGCUGGCCGCCAGCCACCAGGCCGGCUCGCUGACGCUGCUCACCCUCGCCCUCUGCCUCACGCACGAGAUCAAACUCCUCAAGUACAUACCCAAGUGAACCGCAUCACAUCGCAUUGUGCUAAAUCCUACGUAUUUAAUGAGUUAACUGUUGUAUUAUAAACCAUAGCUGUUACAACAAUAACCGUAUCUUUGUUUAAACUGUUAUAAAGUUCACAAAUGUUUUCUUGCAAUGGAAACACACGGAGUAACAUUGUUACCUUGUUGAGUUCAGUCGACACAGUAUUGUAACAUGUUUCAGUGAAACUUCUUUAUAUUAUAAGUUAACAAGCGGAUACUUGAAUUCAGUAAAUUGAAGAAGAAUGUACAGAAAGAUUAAUUAUAUGAUACAAUAAUAUGCUUUACACAUCACAUCCUCCAUCAAAUCCACUUCCUCUUCACAUUAUUUCCUUGUAAGAAACAGUAGUAAGAGGAAGUGGACUAAAAUUAUACCUCCGAGUAUUAAAACUAAUGUUAAUCUUCAAAUUAAUAUUUGUAUUGUAAAUGUGUCGCGUGAAACAGACUGCUUUUAGUAUAAUAUUGUACUAUUUAAAUAGAU